UUUUUUUUUUUUGAUUUCUAGUAUUCGUUUUAGAUUUCUUAUUUUCAUUCUUUUCACUUUAUUUAUUUUUAUGUCAUUCAGUCAUGGUUCGUCGUUCCAGUAAUGCUCCCUCCAUACCAGUGGUUGCCACCAUUGAUAUUGGUACUACAUCAGCUAGAUGUAUUCUUUUCAGUCAAGAAGGGAUUGAAGUGGCCAAACAUCAAAUUGAAUAUUCAACCACUGCAUCCGAAGCCCCGGCUGAAUCUUCCAAUACUGAUCAAUUUAGAAGAAGGUCUUCGCUUUUAAGACAUAAUGAACCAAUUUUCACUGCAGAAGGUAUUGCUAUUUCAAUCACUGAUGAUGUUGAAAUUGAAAAUAAUGCAGCAUCUGCAGGUCCAACUUUACGUUUCCCUCAACCGGGUUGGGUUGAAUGUAUGCCAGUUCAUAUUUUGGCAAAUGCGGUCCAAUGUCUUGUUGCUUGUUUAAUUACUUUAAGAAAAAUCAACCAAAACCCUGCUCUUAAAAUCAAAUAUAGGGUUAAAUGUAUUGGUAUUGCUAAUAUGAGAGAAACUACGGUUGUGUGGAGUAGAAAAACUGGUAAACCGUUAUCAGCAGGUAUUACUUGGACUGAUACUAGAACCAGUGAAAUUGUUCAACAUUUAGAAAAAAUGACUGACGAUGACCGUAAAGAAGAACUAAAACAAAAAACUGGUUUACCUUUGUCAACUUAUUUUUCUGCUGCUAAAUUACGUUGGUUAUUAGAUAAUGAUGAUGUAAUUAGAGAAGAAUAUGAAAAGGGUGACGGUAAUUUAAUGUUUGGUACCAUUGAUACUUGGUUAAUUUAUCAUUUAACCAAAGAAAAAUCUUUUGUUUCUGAUGUUACUAAUGCUUCAAGAACUUAUUUUAUGGAUUUAGAAACAAAAGAUUAUGAUGAUGAAUUAUUAGAAUUUUGGGAUAUCGAUCCAACUAAAAUUAUGUUACCUAAAAUUGUUUCUUCUUCAGAAUUUUAUGGGUCUUUUGUUGCCCCUAAUUUAUCGAAUUUGGGAUUCCAUAAUCGUAUUACCCAAGAAGCUUAUGAUAUUUUGAAAACCAUUUGGAAUGUUCCUAUUUGUGGUUGCUUGGGUGAUCAAUCGGCUUCCCUAGUUGGUCAAAUGGCGGUUCAACCCGGUAGUGCUAAAUGUACCUAUGGUACUGGUUGUUUCUUAUUAUAUAAUACCGGUGGUCGUAAAUUGAUCAGUGAACAUGGUACUUUAACAACCAUUGGUUACUGGUUUCCUAGUUUGGAAGGCGAUGAUUCAAAACCCCAUUAUGCUUUGGAAGGGUCUAUUGCUGUUGCCGGUUCGAUUAUUCAAUGGUUAAGAGAUAAUUUGAAAUUAAUUGAAAAUGCUAAGGAUAUUGGUCCAUUGGCUUCUCAAGUUGAUAAUUCUGGUGGAGUGGUUUUCAUACCAGCUUUUUCAGGGUUGUACGCUCCUUAUUGGGAUGGUGGUGCAAGAGGUAGUAUAUUUGGUAUGACUCAAUAUACUUCUUCUUCUCAUAUUGCAAGAGCUGCUUUAGAAGGGGUUUGUUUCCAAGUUCGUGCUAUCUUAAGAGCCAUGGCCAGUGAUGCUGGAGCUUCAGAAGAUUUCUUGGAAGAAGCGCUUACUAAACAAAAUGAAAAGAAACCUUUAAGUAGUUUAGCUGUUGACGGUGGGAUGUCAAAAGCUGAUGAAGUUUUACAAAUCCAAGCUGAUAUCUUGGGCCCCUGUGUUACUGUUAAAAGAGCAGCCAUUUCUGAGUGUACUGCUUUAGGAGCUGCAAUCGCCGCUGGUGUUUCUUUCAAAGAUCCUAAUGAAAGAGUUUGGAAAGAUUUUGAUGAUGUUCUUGCUAAACUCCACGGUGAAGAUGAUUCAGAUAAUAAAUUUGUAGCACAAUUACCUGAUAACGAAAGAAGAAGAAUUUGGAAAAGAUGGGAGUCUGCAGUAUCAAGAGCAAAAGGUUGGUUAGAUGAAGAGUAGGCAAAAAUUAUUCAUAGAACAAAAAAUUUAUUCAUUACUAUUUAUUUUAUAUAGAUGUUUUUCACUAUUAAAAUAAAAUUUAUGUAUUACGAUAU